AUGACAUCAUUCAAUGCAACAGACACGACGCAUUCAGAAAUUAUAAUGACAAUGUAGUCCAAUUAGUAAUGUAAUAAAUCCGAAUCUGAACCAGUCAUAUGCCAAUAGGUAACUCCAAAAUAUUUGGGCACGGAACUCGAUAAAAUGCAAAAACCGACUAAUACGGUACAGCUGCAUCUUGAGACAAGGCCUUCAUUAGGUAUAGCACCUGGUGCUCUUGUUAACCGUGAUAGUGCCAAAAGAAACAUUUGGUGUCCGAAGCCGGAAAUAGAGUUUGAUAGUUGGUGUAAUCCAAAUAAUCCUAAAUUAAUCACUUACAAAGAAAUUUCAAAAGCAACGAAUGUCCUUAGAGAACAUUUUCCAGUCACUCCUCUCCUGAGGUCUCGGUGUUGCGUUCAAUUUGGAUUGGAAGUUAAUUACAAAUUAGAAAUAUUUCAUCGAACUGGAAGUUUCAAUGAGAGAGGAGCAUUAUAUACAUUGCUAAUGUUGAAGGAAAAUCAACGUAAAUUUGGAGUUAUUACAGCAUCAACAGGAAGUUGGGCUAUGGCAUUGGCAUACUAUGGGCAUAAACUUGAUAUUCCUGUAACUACAGUCCUUCCAUUAAACACCUUGAUAAAUGUGGUGGAAAAGUGUAAAGGCUAUGGAGCAACUGUAAUUUUGAAUGGAAAAACUCUUGCCGAAGCGAAAAACCAAGCAUUUAUCGUACGCGCUGAAAGUGGCGCUACUUAUUUAAACAGUUAUGACCACCCAUACGCAAUAGCCGCUGCAGGCAGCAUCGGCGUGGAAAUAAUGGAACAGCUGCCACAAACCGACGCAAUUUUGAUUCCAGUGGGGGGAGGGGGGCUACUAGCAGGUAUCUCUACCGCAGUCAAGCAUAUAAAACCUGAAGUAUUGAUUUAUGGUAUAGAACCAGAAAAAUGUUGUGGUUUCUACAAAGCUAUGAAAAAUGAGCAUCCGUAUCAUAUUAUAGCGGGUAGAAGUAUUGCCGGCUCCUUAGCAAUAUCCACCCCAGGUCACAACGCCUUUCACACUGCAAAACCAUCUAUUAAUAAAAUGGUAUUGGUGAAUGAUGAUUGGAUAUCACGCGCCGUUUUGCACUUAACAGAAGAACAGCGAUUUGUAGCUGACGGCGCUGGCGCUACAAGUUUGAGCGCUUUGUUCGGUCUUCCCAAUAUAUUACCGGAAUUACGAGGCAAAACGGUGGUCUGCGUUAUCAGUGGAGGAAACAUCGACACCGACACCUUGCCUCGGUGCAUUGAGCGUGCAAAAGCAGUGGAAGGUCGAAUAAUAAAAAUGACCGUAACUCUGCCAGCUGACGAAACGACAGAGCAAUUAAAAAUUUUUAGUACAAUUGCGAAUUUGGGCUGUAAUGUACGACAAUAUUAUACCGAACAUGCAUGGCUUACUGAAAACGACUUCUAUACUAUUUACUUAACACUUACAUGCGAGACACGUGAUAUAAAACAUGCGUGUACGUUAAAACGAGUUAUGGAAAGAUUAUUUCCCAACAUGUGCCAUUUUCUAGAAGAGCCUUUUAGCCCUAUUCCAAUAUGUUCCUGCUUUGCCAAGAAACUUCCAUAAAUUUACAAAAGUAUUAUUUAAAUUUAUAAUAAAGUAUUUUCAGUAGAUACCUAUAUUUUCUAUUACUUUAUGUAUGCAAAAUUACAUUUUUAUUAAAUAAGCGUAUAUGCCAU